UGACAUCUUCCACACGUUGGCCCUCCUCGCAUCCCGAAUUCCCGAUCAAAAGCCAGAGAAAAGUCAGAAAACUGUUCACCGUCCAAAACAGAAAAGAAAAGAAAGAAAAACUCUGUUCAGUAAAGGUUGACUCUCUAUCUUUUUUAACUAUCUGUUGUUAGAAUGCAAAGAUGAGAGCACCGGUGAAUGAUGGAGUGAGUGCGGAGCUGCAUCUUCAUCUACCCUCUUCCGGUUGUUGAGAUUCAAAGGCUUUCUUGGUUGAAUCAAUCAAUGCGUUGCACAAGAAACUGGGAUCUUGCUACUGCUUUGCGUGUCGAAUGUUACUGAAACUUGGUGAUGAACUUGUUGGAGAUCUUCUUCAUUAGCAUUUGGAAGCUUGAGACAACAUUAAUGGGUCGAGGUCUUUGCUUUGUGAGUUUGGGGAAAUAAAUACCCUUUAAUCAGCUCUAUCUAUUUGCUGCAUUGCCUGGGAUAUUGCUUUAAUUUGACAUUUGUCUUGUUAAUAAAAAAGAUGUGGGAGAAGGGACUCAUUCACUCGAGGUUUAUAUUUUGCUUGAUGCUCGUCUCCAUGUUCCUUUUGGUCGUAUCUUUUCUUUUCCUAUUCCAGUUCAGCAGCCAUUCUUUGAUACCUAGAUCGGUGUUAGAGCUUAUUCUGGUCAAUAACACAUCACUUUACUUCAUGCCCAAUUUCAAGAGGGAAAAACUUGUACUCCCUCAUGACCCUUCCGGAGACUUGAAGCUUCAGUUGCAAAAACAUGGAGAAUCCGAUUGUCGAGUUCCAAAUUCAAGCCAGAAAACAAGUUCUUUAGGACAGCAGAUGAGUGUGACAUCUGACCCAUUGAGAGUAUUCAUGUAUGAUUUGCCUCCAGAAUUUCACUUUGGGUUAUUAGGUUGGAAGGGAAGUGUAAAUCAAACUUGGCCAGUGAUUGACGACCUCAAAUAUAUCCCCCACUAUCCUGGUGGAUUGAAUCUACAGCACAGUAUAGAAUAUUGGAUCACACUUGAUCUUCUGUCAUCAAACAAUGCAAAACCUGGCCAACCUCACACCGCAAUUAGAGUGCAUGAUUCAAGUCAGGCAGAUGUAAUUUUUGUGCCAUUUUUCUCAUCUUUGAGUUACAAUCGGCAUUCCAAGCUCCGUGAAGGUGAAAAAGUUAGUGUUAACAUAAUGUUGCAAGACAAGUUGGUAAGGUUUCUGAUGGGCCGGAAAGAAUGGAAGCGCUCGGGGGGGAAGGAUCAUCUAAUUGUAGCCCACCAUCCUAACAGCCUGCUAGACGCAAGGAAAAAAUUGGGAUCUGCUAUGCUUGUGCUUGCCGAUUUUGGAAGGUACCCUGUUGAAUUAGCAAAUGUGAAGAAAGAUAUAAUAGCUCCCUAUAGGCAUCUAGUAAGCACCGUACCAAGAGCUAAAUCAGCUUCAUAUAAUGAACGCUCCACACUGGUGUAUUUUCAGGGUGCAAUAUACAGGAAAGAUGGAGGAGCCAUUCGCCAAGAGCUGUAUUACCUUCUAAAAGAUGAGAAAGAUGUGCAUUUUGCAUUUGGGAGCAUAGGAGGAAAUGGAAUCAAUCAGGCAAGCCAUGGAAUGUCCCAAUCAAAAUUCUGCCUGAACAUUGCUGGAGAUACCCCGUCCUCCAAUCGCCUCUUUGAUGCAAUAGUAAGCCACUGUGUUCCUGUGAUCAUUAGCGAUGAAAUCGAGCUACCCUUUGAAGAUGUCUUGAACUACUCAUAUUUUUCCAUUUUUGUCCGUGCCUCUGAUGCUAUAAAGAAAGGUUUCCUGCUGAAUCUCCUCCAUUCAAUCAAGCGCGAGGAGUGGACCAAGAUGUGGAAAAUAUUGAAGGAUAUCACUCAUCACUUUGAGUAUCAAUAUCCAUCCAAGCCUGGGGAUGCAGUAAAUAUGAUUUGGCAGGAUGUUGCACGUAAGAUUUCUUCAGUGAAGUUCGAUUUGCACAGGAAGAGCAGAUACCGGAGAUCUCAACUUCCGGUUAAGACAGACUGAAACACAGAGUUUCUUGUGCUUGAACUUUCUGACCUUGGUCUUACUCAACAUACCAAUAGGAGAGACAGAGUCACGGAGAUCUAGUUUCGUUUUUCCCUUUUAGGCCACUGUCAAAAGCCUCCUUCUCUCCCUUGUCUCUGUAUUUCACUGAAUAGUCCAUCUUGCUGAUGGGGGAAAAGCAUUAUUUUUUUUGUCUUAUUAUUAUUUUUUUUAA